AUGACUUCAAUUGAUAUUAAUUCUAAGGAUACGGUACGAAAACCAAAAUUAAAAAAAAAACAUGAAUAUUCAAAAGAUAUAAUUAGUGAAAUAAAUGGUGAUUUCGGACGUUGGCAAUUAAGAACAAUAUUAUUAAUAUUUUUAUGUAAAAUUCCAUCAUCAUGGUUUAUGGCUUGUAUUAUAUUUACAGCACCAUCACCGAAAUAUGGUAAAUAUUAUUGUAAACCACCAGAAAAUGUACAAAUUAAUGAUACUAAAACUUGGAUACAUAUAACACAUCCAAUUAUUACUGAAGAAAUUAAAGCUGAUCGUCAAUUUGAUAUGGAUUUUUAUUCUUUAAUAACUGAAUUUGAUUUGGUUUGUUCAAGGCAACUAUUAAUUAGUGUAACACAAUCAUUUCAUUCUCUUGGAACAUUUUUAGGUGGUUUAAUUUCAAAGUAUAUACUAGAAAAAUUAUCUCCAAAACGUGUUAUGAUCCUUGGAAUGAUAUGUCAAAUUAUUUGUGGAAAUUUAACCGGAUUAGUUAAUACUUUUAUGCUUCAUAUUUUCUUUAGAUGUUUAACAGCAAUUUUUUGCGGUUUUAUGAUAAGUGCUGGAGAAGUUAUAAUUCAAGAUAUAACAAAUGGAAAAGCUAGAACAAUUAUUAUAACAUUAUUUCAACUUUACUGGUCAAUUGGACUAAUUUUAUUACCGGGAAUUUCAAUUUUUUUUGAUAGCUGGGCAAUUUUGUACAUUUCAAUAUCAUCACCUACAAUUCUAUUACUAAUUUUGUGCCGGUAA